AUGUCUGAUAUUUACUCCUACACCGUCGAAUUCCCCAAAUCAUCAAUCGCCUUAUCCGAACUCAAGGACAAGACUUUGUUGUUUGUCAACGUAGCGAGCAAGUGUGGUCUUACUCCUCAAUAUAAAGAACUUCAAGCUCUUCACGAGAAGUACGGUGAUAAAGGAUUAGUCAUCAUCGGAUUCCCAUGUAAUCAGUUCAAAGCUCAAGAACCAGGAACCGAUGACGAGGUCUUACAAUUCUGUCAAUUGAAUUACGGCGUGACUUUCCCAAUUGCUAAAAAGGCCGACGUUAACGGACCGGAGACUCAACCAAUUUGGAAAUACUUGAAGGAGAACUCGCAGCCACCGGUCGAGAACAUUGAUUGGAACUUUUCCAAGUUCCUCGUCAAGGAUGGAAAGAUCACUUGGUUCCCUGCUAGAAGCACCAAAGUUGCCGACGUCGAAGCAGCUUUGUAA